AUGCUCGAAGUGAAAUCUCUCGACUUUCCUCCAAGGUAUGAAGGCAUAACACCUGAGAUCUUCGGCUCUUGCAACGAUUUCUUACUUGUUUAUUGUCGUCCUCAUCUUUAUCUGUGGAACCCAUCUUCUGGUACACAUAAUAUGUUUGAAUUAUACUAUCAUAUUGACACGGAUAAUAUACUCAUGUGUGGACUUGGUUAUGAUUCUUCCUCUGAUGAUUACAAGGCUGUUUUUGUAUCUCAUUUAGUAAGUCCACCAGGCUCACCCAACAGUGGUUAUAGUUUUGAAUCUAUCUUUAUCUCUCACUACUCUUUCAGGACCAAUACUUGGAAAGAUAUUGAUUACAGUGAUUUUCCUUACAAUUUUUAUUUUGACACACAAGGGGUUACUUUGAAUGGAGCUCCCCAUUGGGUUCUUCGCCGUGAAGAAUAUGAUAUGGAAGCCUAUUCUAAAUCUGUAACCGUAGUACUGGUUUAUUUUGAUCCGGCUAAAGAAGACUUUUAUGAGCUGCCAUUACCAUGCAUGUUAGAUAAGGAUUCAAAGUUUGAGCUGGGGGUUUUAGGUGGAUGUCUUUCUCUAACAUACGAUCCCAAUGGAAGCCACUUUGAGACUUGGGUAAUGAAGAAAUAUGGGGUGGAAGAAUCUUGGGAAAAAUUGUUUGUCAUUCCCCAUUUUGAGGAGUGUCUUGGGCCAUUGUGUUUCACUAAAAACAAUGAUGUUUUAAUGGAGGGGAUGUGUUUCACCAAAAACAAUGAUGUUUUAAUGGAGGUGAACAGAAAGAAAAUAGUCAUCUAUAAUCUUUUAAACAAUUCUUAUAAAAGAACUGUGAUCUCAAAUAUAGAGUCAGAUGACUCAUAUUAUUCUCGUGGGUUUGAACUUGGUGUAUAUGUGGAGAGUGGUUCUUCCAUAAGAUAA